GGUUGUUUUUCUUGGUGAACAUGGGUUGCCGCCCCGGUAAGGGAUCAUGUUUACCGCGCAUUGAUAUUUCCUAACUUCAAAAGUUUAAGGAACUAGUGAGGCCUACGUGACAUGACGCUUGCACGCGUGACAGCAGAACAACAGGUUCGAUCUCAGACCGAGGGCAUAGCGAUAAGAGUAUGCUGUACCGCUGCCUGUACUUUUACCUCUUAACCUUUUACACCCUCUUAAAAACGCCCACUCCAAGUCUUCAAGGGUGAUUGUGCCUAAGCCCUCAUCUAUCACGAUAUCUACCACAUAGUGUGACGCUUCCGUAUACCCAAUGCUGAGAAAAAAUGCUCGACUAAGUCCUGCAACUCGUCGAGAGCGUGCACACACGUGCGUCCGCGCCAAGACCUACCCUGUAAAACAUAGGCCCGGGAACCAGCAUAUCUCGUUGGAAUCAUCAGCCAAUAGACUCACUUUAAGUAUGAGUUUGCAAUUUGGUCAGGUUAAACUUCCCGCUCCGGCUAAGUUAAACUUGAUGCUUCACGUCACCGGUCGGCGGGCGGACGGAUACCACAACCUCCAAACACUCUUCCAUUUCCUGGACUACUGCGACGAGUUAACUUUUUCGUCCAGAGACGACGGCGAGAUAGUACUCAGACCAUCGCUGGAAGGUGUGGAUGAUUCACACAAUCUUAUCUACCGAGCUGCCAAGCUACUUCAACGCGAGUCCAGCACGACGCUCGGUGCUGACAUCGACGUCACGAAGCGCAUACCGAUGGGCGGAGGGCUGGGAGGCGGCAGCUCCGACGCGGCCACGACGCUGAUCGGGCUGAACAAACUCUGGCGGACUGGCCUCGCCAAGGACCGCCUGCAGUCGCUCAGCCUGACCCUAGGCGCAGAUGUGCCCAUCUUCGUUUUCGGCAGGUCUUCUUGGGCGGAGGGUGUCGGUGACAUACUCACGCCUGUGGAGAUACCGGAGCAGUGGUAUGUGGUGAUUGCGCCCUCAUGCCACGUUUCCACGGCACUCGUGUUCAGCCACGCCGACCUCGACCGCAACACGCCCGCGACCACCCUCGAGAGCGCGCUAAAACACGGUGGGCUCAACGACUGCCAGUCGCUGGUUGUGAAACUUUACCCUGAAGUACUGAAGUGUCUGCAGUGGCUGGAACAGCAUGGCAAGGCUCAAAUGACGGGCACGGGGUCUUGCGUCUUUGCCGCUUUUCCCACCCAUGAAAAAGCUCAGGAAGUCUUCGCACAGCUGCCUGAGGGCAUGGAUGGAUUCGUGUCACGUGGUUUGAAUCUUUCUCCCGUGUAUCAAACUGGGAUCGUUUCCUUCAACUGAAUCUGGAGCAUAGUGUACAUUGGCGGUUAGCUUGUUAUGUAAUCACACAACUGUCUGAAAAUGUUUUAUUGCCCGUCUUGAGAGGAGACGCUUUAUGCCCUAUGCCUUAGUAGUACUGUUCAAUGUCGGGCUGGACAUCUCUACGAAAUAAAUCCUCCGUAUACCUACGAUUAUAGCCUUUAUUCAAGUCGGAUUACCCAGAAUGCUCUGUGGAAAAAAAAUGCUACCGGCUACAAAAGAUGCCGUUUCUCAACAGCGCCCUCUAGGAAUUUUUAUCUGAAGAGCCUCCUUGCUAGACUGGAAUUGUCGGAUCAGCUUCAUCAAGCUUCGUUCCACUGCACUUCCAUUUGUGAACGACUGUGUUGCAAAGUGAAAGUAAAGUAAACCCAAGGGACUACGCUGAUUUUCACCUUCAUCGUUGGAUCGCAUUCCGAUGACGUUUAUCCUAGCAUUCUAGGGAAAUUGAGUAGACGAGUGAAGUUGGGGAAAUUGGACUGGGUGAACCAGUGGUAGGGUGUCUGAUGAUCUAAGUGGGUUUAGGAUGGUCAGAAUAUACCAAAUAGUUUGAAACAGAAAGCUACUUUGAUUUCUUUUGUCUCACCUAGUCAAGUGCAAUCAGAAAAGAAUUGAGGUUUAUUCUUACUUGUUCUGCCUUAUAAAGGCAAAUAUGAAUUCCCUAAGUUUAUUUUAACAAUAAUGCAUGUAUCAGAAGAUACAGUAUUACCGUUAAACCGGUCGAAAAGUAUAAUUUUGCUCAGUAGGCGACUUUAGACACGCCCACUUACACGGUGUCACAUUCAUAUGUAUUAAGCCGCGUCCGAAUCACUGGGCAGUGACUUUAAGUUAUACACGACUUUGGGGUUUUGUGGCUACUAUAUCACAGACUCGCAGCCAAGUAAUUUGGACAAGCAGUUUGGUAUAAAAGUAAGGUCAUUCAAGAACAGAGCAUGCGUGCCAUUCGGCGUAUGGUCACGCUGACAUAAGGCAGACUUCGCACGUUCGUAUUGCUGGGUGUGUUAACUUUAUGGCGCCUUGCGGGGUACAGAUAAUACGAGGUACAACCCAGACGAAUUUCUGGAAGUAUUUUGGAAUUUAUCUCGAAAGAGGAAAUAUCCAAGAUAUCGUGUCGGAAAUCUCGCCAAUUGAAGUCACCAGGAUACAAAAUCGGCCGUGGAUACGCUUCACAUGUGUACGCUUUUGGAUCUUCUUCAACUUCACGACGUCAGUUUAAUAAACAUACAGAUACUUUCUCACCU